UCUCAGUGCUGUAACUUUAAUAACUCUCCAGGACUCACGUCUGUCUGACACACAACACUGGGAUUUUAUUUAGAUUGUUCUGAAAUAUCAGGGUGUUAAACCAACCAAUACAAGGUAAUAUCAUCAAGACGGUGAACUUUACAUGCAUCUUCACUUGCUUUGAAUAUUGUGUCCCUUUAAGAGAGGACGUUUUUAAAAGUGAAAGUGAAAUUAACUGUCAGAUCUCAUACCAGGACAGGGAGUGACAUCGUGUGAGAAAAUGGCUUCUAGUUCCUCUCUCCCAGAGGAGGAUUUCUCCUGUACGGUGUGCCUUGACAUCUUUAAGGAUCCUGUCAUGUUGUCAUGCAGCCACAGCUUCUGCCAAGCCUGUCUAAAGGAAUGCUGGAAAGACGAGGAAUCUCUGUCAUGUCCACUUUGCAGGAGACGAUCGUCUAAGGAUCAGCCCCCUAUAAACCGUUCUCUAAAGAACCUGUGUGAGGCCUUACGGGAAAAGAGACAGACAGAUCCAACCACAGGGUCCAAGGUGCUCUGCAGUCAACACAGUGAGAAACUCAGUCUGUUCUGUCUGGAGGAUAAAGAGCCCAUCUGUUUGGUGUGUCAGGUCUCAAGAAAACAUAAAGAUCAUGACUGCAUCCCUGUAGAUGAGGCUGUACAGGAUCACAAGGAGGAACUCCAGACUGACCUGAAGCCCUUACAGGAGAAGCUGAAGGUCUUUAAUAAAGUUAAACAAACCUGUGAUCAAACAGCAGUGCACAUUAAGAGCCAGGCCCAGCACACAGAGAAGCAGAUUAAGGAGGAGUUUGAGAGACUUCACCAGUUUCUACGAGAAGAAGAGGAGGCCAGGAUAGCUACUCUGAAAGAGGAAGAGAAGCAGAAGAGUCAGAAGAUGAAGGAGAAGAUUGAGCGGAUGAACAGAGAGAUAUCAUCACUUUCAGACACAAUCAGAACCAUAGAGGAGGAGCUGAAAGAUGAAGACAUCUCAUUCCUGCAGAACUUCAAGACCACGAAGGAAAGAGCCCAGUGCACAUUGCCAGAUCCACAGCUGGUGUCAGGGGGGCUGAUAGAUGUGGCCAAACACCUGGGAAACCUGAAGUUCAGAGUCUGGGAGAAGAUGCAGGAGAUCAUCAAACACACUCCUGUGAUUCUGGAUCCCAACACUGCAUCCUCCUGGCUCUGUCUGUCUGAUGAUCUGACCAGUGUGAGUCGAACUGACCCAGAGCAGCAGCUCCCUGACAGCCCUGAGAGAUUCAUGAAGUAUACAACUAUUCUGGGCUCUAAGGGGUUCAGCUCAGGUAAACACAACUGGGAGGUGGAGCUGGGUGACCGUCCUUGCUGGAUUAUGGGCGUGGCUAAAGAGUCAAUUGACAGAAAGGGGGAGGUGAGUUCAUCACCAGAGUAUGGAAUCUGGGCUCUACGGCAGGAUAGUGGUAAGUAUCAUAAUGGAAAGGGAGAGACCCUCCUCCUGAAGAAGAAACCCCAGAGGAUCAGAGUUCAGCUGGACUACGACCAGGGGGAGGUGUCCUUCUACGACUCCAUAGACAUGACACUCAUCUACACUUAUAAAGACACAUUCACUGAGACUCUCUACCCGUACUUCUUUAUUGGAUCAGCUGGUGAUGUGAAAAGCACUGGUGUUCAGAUCUGCCAAUCAGAGGUGUCAGCCAAUGUCAGUUAAACAUUUUGUAUUGGUUAAUUAGUCUAGUUAAUCUAGCCAGCUAUCUAAACUAUUCAUCAUGACUGAAUUACUAACCGUGCAUGCAGGGUACGUGCCCAGGGGCCCUGACCUCCAGGGAGACCCAAUUUAUUAUGUUCUGUAGAAUUGCAUGAAAUUAUGUGUAAAACUACAAAAUAAUUGUUCUGUAAUGCAAACUCAUAUGUUUACUUUUUGUUAAAACUCUUGUUCUGCAAACAGAUCCCUCUGUACAUAUUAUAUUUUUCAUCACGAUGCUGAGUUAAUGUUUGUUAAUGUGGAGCAACUAAUUGUGUUUGUAGAACAAUUCUAAAUGUAAUACAUUUAGGGCCAUGACUAGGGUGGUUCCUGGUCCCAUCUUAAGGAAAACCUCUGGGCCCAAGGUGUGGUUGGGUCACAUGUUAAGGAAAACCUCUGGACCCUAAAUGUGGUUGGUUCACAUGUUAAGGAAAACCUCUGGGCCCUAAAUGUGGUUGGGUCACAUGUUAAGGAAAACCUCUGGGCCCUAGAUGUGGCUGGUUCACCAGUUAAGGAAAACCUCUGGGCCCAAGGUGUGGUUGGGUCACGUCUUUAGGAAAACCUCUGGGCCCUAGAUGUGGUUGGUUCACCAGUUAAGGAAAACCUCUGGGCCCUAGAUGUGGUUGGUUCACCAGUUAAGGAAAACCUCUGGACCCUAAAUGUGGCUGGGUUAAGGAAAAGCUCUGGGCCCUAGAUGUGGUUGGUUCACCAGUUAAGGAAAACCUCUGGGCCCUAAAUGUGGUUGGUUCACAUGUUAAGGAAAACCUCUGGACCCUAAAUGUGGCUGGGUUAAGGAAAACCUCUGGGCCCAAGGUGUGGUUGGGUCACGUCUGUAGGAAAACCUCUGGGCCCUAGAUGUGGUUGGUUCACCAGUUAAGGAAAACCUCUGGACCCUAAAUGUGGCUGGGUUAAGGAAAACCUCUGGGCCCUAGAUGUGGUUGGUUCACCAGUUAAGGAAUACCUCUGGGCCCUAGAUGUGGCUGGGUUAAGGAAAACCUCUGGGCCCUAGAUGUGGUUGGUUCACCAGUUAAGGAAAACCUCUGGACCCUAAAUGUGGCUGGGUUAAGGAAAACCUCUGGGCCCUAGAUGUGGUUGGUUCACAUGUUAAGGAAAACCUCUGGGCCCUAGAUGUGGCUGGGUUAAGGAAAACCUCUGGGCCCUAGAUGUGGUUGGUUCACCAGUUAAGGAAUACCUCUGGGCCCUAGAUGUGGCUGGGUUAAGGAAAACCUCUGGGCCCUAGAUGUGGUUGGUUCACCAGUUAAGGAAUACCUCUGGGCCCUAGAUGUGGCUGGGUUAAGGAAAACCUCCGGGCCCUAGAUGUGAGUGAGAGUCCAAGGUCUAGGACUAUCUGAAGGUAUAGUAUUAUUACUACUGGUGAACUCACUGUUUAUUAGGAUGUUGUUUCUUUAGACAAAGUCUUUGUUUACAACACUGAUUUUCUCUCUAAUUAAACUAUGUUUUACACUUGAAGACUUUUCUUUGUGUGUUUUACUUUAUCAGAGUACAACUACUAUGUGUCUUAAUGAUCACAUUGUUUUAUUCUGUUAUUUGCAUCGACUCAUGUUUUAUGCAAUAUUUGAUGUAUUUUCCAUUUUUAUGUUCUUAGUUUUGAUAAUGUUACAAAUGUCUUUUAAUGCAAUCUGUGUUACAAUAUCGAUGUCAUUUAUUCUAAAGUUGUGUUACAUGUAUAGGCUUAUCUGCAUCUGUUUCUACAUAUUUUAACAUUCAAAUAUAUUGACCUCUGAAUCCUGACUAGAUUCAACCAUAUCUUCUAAUAUUAACUAUUGACUUUAGUGUAAUUGUGAAUAACUUGAAUCCUUGUCAGAAUGUCCUUUUCUAGUGUCAACGUUUACCUGUCUAUGUCCCUGACAGUGUCUGCAGCAUUACAACAUGAAACAAGGACAUGAUAUUGAUCUGACUAUUGAGCUACAGAGCUCUGUGUUAAACUGUUAUCAGUGAAUGUCCUACAUGCUACUGGGUCUGGGAGGACACCAUGUACAACACAACGUCUGUCAUUAUUGGUGUUGAUGUGAAGAUAUGCAACAAACUGACAUUAAAAGAUCAUCAAAGAAA